AUGGCUGAAGUUGAAGAUGGCAGGACAAUUCAAGUAAAUGGUAUAGACACGGAAGAAAUGAAAACUAAGAUUGGGGAAGAUGAUGCCACCCUCAAUGAUGAGCCAUUGAACGUUGAAAAUUGUCAAGCUAGUGAAGUAGCAUUGGAGGAAAUGAGAAGCGAUGAACUCAAUGAGGUAAAAGAGAUGGAUGAAAGAGCGGCAUUAGAAGAACAACAGGAAGAUGAAUUAUCAACAAUGGUAGAAAAUAAUGAGCUAAACUCUAUGAAGAUAAUGGAGCAAGCUGUCGGAAGGGUCGAGGUUGAAGAUGAACUGGACCAUAAAGAAACUGAUGAAACAGGAAUUGAUGAGGAAAAAAUACAAAUGGUAGCAGAUGAAGGAGUGGAAGAGCAAGUAGUUGAGGAUAGAACUGAAGAUCAGGUAUUACUUCCAUUUAUUUAA